ACCAUAAUUGUCAUCAAUGUUUCUCCCCAGGUUCCAGUUGUUGAUGGCUACUCAUUCCCUCAUCUUACUAAGCGAAUGAAUGUAGCUGGUCGGCACAUAACAUCCUAUCUUGUUGAUUUACUCUCACGGAGAGGGUAUGCAAUGAAUAAGACUGCUGAUUUUGAGACUGUUAGGCAAAUCAAAGAGAAGCUCUGCUAUAUAAGUUAUGAUUACAAAAGGGAAUAUCAAUUGGGCCUUGAAACCACCAUUCUGGUUAAGAAUUAUACUCUGCCAGAUGGAAGGACCAUUAAAGUAGGAACUGAAAGAUUUCAGGCCCCUGAGGCUCUUUUUACGCCAGAACUUAUUGAUGUUGAAGGUGAUGGAAUGGCUGAUAUGGUUUUUCGCUGCAUUCAGGAAAUGGAUAUUGACAACCGUAUGAUGUUAUACCAGCAUAUAGUUUUAAGUGGAGGGAGCACCAUGUAUCCUGGACUGCCUAGUCGGUACUACAUUAAACUGCAUUUUGCAUCACAUGAAAUCUCGCAUUCUCUUGUUCUUUAAUGGAGUACUACAGUUGGAUUCAUUUCGAUAACCUUGGAAUGCACCAUGAAGUUCGUAUCUUCAGAUUCUUCUGUAAAAACUUGCAUAAAGAUGCUGAAAACUAUUAACUUGCUUUAUCCAUGUCCGUAAAACAUCUUAACAUACUUGAACUCGAAAGGCUAAGAACUAUAUCC